GAGACCGAAUACUGCAUAUCAGUCUUGUUUUGAUAGACCAUAAGGAUAGCAACCAUGUCUCGCGUUAUUUUCGCUCUUCUUGUCCUCGUGGCGGUCGCUUCUGCUCUACCACCAUCCCAAAAAUGUAAUGAAAACGAAGAAUUCACGACUUGUGGUUCAGCUUGCGAGCCUACUUGUGGUGUUACAACAAGUGAUAUUUGUACUUUGCAAUGCAUAAUCGGUUGCCAAUGUAAACAAGGAUUCCUUAGACAACUCAGUACCGGGGCAUGCAUUAGUGAAGCAAAUUGUUAAAUAGAACAAAAAGGUUCUAUUGUGGUGUGGGAGUAAUACUAUAUACGCUAUCAA